AUGGCUGAGGAGCUGCUGGCUCUGCGAGAGCAGCUGUUGGCCGAGGCCACCUGCCCGGUGUGCCUGGAUGUGUUCGAGCAGCCCGUGGUCACGGCGUGCGGGCACAGCUUCUGCGGGCAGUGCCUGGCGGCCGUGCUGGGGGACCCCCCGCGCGCCGCCGCCUGCCCGCAGUGCCGCGCCCCGCUGGAGCCGGGCUCGCAGCGCCCCAUCCGCUCCCUGGGCAACAUGGCCGGGCUGGCCCGGUCCCUGGAGGAGGAGGCGGCGCGGCCGCGGUGCCCCCAGCACGGCAAGGCCCUGGCGCUGUUCUGCGAGCCCUGCGCCGCCCUGCUCUGCGCGCCCUGCCGGGACGGGCCCGAGCACCGCGGGCACCGUGUCCGCCCCGCCGAAGAGGCCGCCCGGGAGCUGCAGGAGACACUCCAGACAAACCUGCUUGCUCUACAAAACCAGAAGAAAAUAUUGAAUCACAGGGGAGACGAGAAAAGUGAAGACCUGCAGGUGACAGUGAUGUUGGAGUUGCGGCGUGUGCUUGAGACAUUUGAGGAACUGCAGCAGUGCCUGGAGGAUCAGAAGAAAAUCCUGCUGGCCCAGCUGGAGCAGACGUCCCUGGAGCUGGUCAAUAAGAGUGGGGAAUACACGCGCAGGGUUUUGGAGAGGCAGUCGCUGCUGGACACGGUGAUUGCGCAGAUCCAGGAGAAGCGGGAGCAGCCGGCGGUCGAGUUCCUCAAGGAUGUUGGCACAAUCCUGAGCAGCUGUGAGGCAGCCAAGGCCCUGAUACCAGAGCCAGUUUCCCCAGAGCUGCAGAAGAACGUUCAAAACCUCACUUGGAAGAGCCAGCAGGUCGUGGACAUAGUGACUAAAUUCAGAGAGAACAUGUGGAGUGAGAUAGACUGGGAUAUAAAGGAGCAGGUGAGGCUGGACCCAGACACGGCGCAUCCGCGCCUGAUGCUCUCGGACGACAACAAAGAGGUCUGGUUCAGAAAUGUAGAACAAAACCUCCCUGACACCCCCAAGAGGUUCACAGGCAACUACAACGUCCUGGGCUCCCAGGGAUUCACAUCUGGGAGGCAUUACUGGGAGGUGGAGGUCGGGGAAAAGGGCAGCUGGGCUGUGGGGGUGGCCCUGGAGUCCUUACCCAGGAAGGAGCCAAUCUACCAUGGCAGGUCUGAAAAGGUCUGGGUGCUGCAACUGCACUGCGGCCACUACAGCGCACUCUCUAUGACCUCCAACUUGCUGGCACUGAAGGAAAAGCCACGGAGAAUCAGGGUCUGCCUGGACUAUGAAAUGGGCCGAGUGACCUUCUACAAUGCAAAGGAUAUGAUGCAGAUCUUCGAGUUUAAGGCCACCUUCACUGAGAAAGUCUUCCCGUAUUUUUCGGUCUCCUCAGAAGUAACCCACAUCCGGGUGUGUUACUGACAGGGUGGGAUGGCUGCUGGGCCCCUCUUGCAUUGCCCUAAAUUGUUGAUUGUUCUUUCACACUAGGUUAUUAGAAAUUUGCACUGAAUAGUCUCUAUAUUGCACUGAAUAGUUUAUGUUAUAUCACAUGGUUUGUUCUUCCCCUCUCCUACCACAUGGAUUUCCUUCACCCACCCCUCUCCUCAGUACCCUCCCCUGGUCUCUGCCCUGCUUUACCCCUCCUCACUGGUGUCCCAUGGGCUGUGCUCCUUGUCCUCUGCACCCCAAUUCCCGGGU